CCAAUUUUUCUGGAAUUUGUAUUCUUUAUCCACGCUAACAUAAUUUUCCUUUAUCUCUCUCUGUACAAUUCUUUCGAUUUGCCUAAUUCUCAGGUCAUCUUUCCAGCUCCACUUGGUUGUGUAGUGCAUUUCUUUCCAAGAAAGCUUUUUUAUUGGAGAUGGCUGAGGACGGUCACAAGGUUAUCUUGAAUGUCUAUGACCUGAGCCAAGGUUUAGCUCGACAAUUGUCUACUACUUUUUUGGGAAAAGCUAUUGAAGGAAUAUGGCACACAGGAGUAGUGGUUUAUGGUCAUGAAUAUUAUUUUGGAGGUGGUAUACAACAUGCUCCAGCUGGGACGACACCAUAUGGAACUCCUAUUCAAGUUGUAGACCUGGGUGUCACCCACAUACCAAAGGAUGUCUUUGAAAUGUAUUUACAAGAGAUAAGCCCUCGAUAUACUGCAGAGACAUACAGUUUGCUUACCCACAACUGCAACAAUUUCAGCAAUGAGAUUGCUCAAUUUUUGGUUGGUGCAACCAUUCCAGAUUAUAUUUUGAAUCUUCCUAAUGAGGUUACGAACAGCCCGAUGGGUGCCCUUAUAAUGCCCAUGAUACAACAACUGGAAUCAACGUUGAGGGCUAAUGCGGUACCACAAGCACCCCAGUUUAGACCAGCUACUGUUGCUCCUGCUUUCCAGCCGACACUUUCUGUUGGGAAGUCCUCUAGUAGUGGUGUUUAUCAAUCUAAAAAGCCCGAGAGCCAAGAUGGAGAGAAGAAGAAUGUGCCCCCUGCGGUGAAACCUGUGGGAGAGCAGGAGAAGACGCCUGCUAAUGGUGUUGUGAAAGAUCCUCUUGGGGAUGCUCGGAGCAAGGUACAAGAGGAAAUCACCCGUGAAUUUGCUGCAAUCAUGGCUACUGGGACAUUGCGUGCAAGUGAGGCUGCUGCUUUAGCAACUAAAAAAGUUAUGCAAAGAUAUGGAGAUACAUUUGCUGCUAUGAACUAAUGACAACGAAGUUGUCUUUAUAAAUUCAUCUGUGUUGGAAAUUUAAUAUCCAACUGAUUUGAUGUAAG